AUGGCAAGACCUGGCAACAGGAUCAUACAAGCUAAGCUGGUGCUUUUGGGGGAUAUGGGAACUGGGAAAACCAGUUUGGUAUUAAGGUUUGUCAAGGGCCAGUUCUUCGAUCACCAGGAACCAACAAUAGGAGCAGCUUUUUUUACACAGAUAUUAUCGUUAGCUGAAGCAACUGUGAAGUUUGAUAUAUGGGAUACAGCGGGACAAGAAAGAUACCAUAGCUUGGCUCCUAUGUACUAUCGUGGUGCAGCAGCAGCUGUUGUUGUGUAUGAUAUUUCCAGCAUCGAUACGUUUGUCAGAGCCAAAAGGUGGGUUCAAGAGUUGCAAAGACAAGGAAAUCCUAAUAUGAUUAUGGCAUUAGUAGCAAAUAAAUUGGACUUGGACUCAAAGAGAGAGGUGCAGAAUGAGGAAGGUGAGCAAUUCGCUCAAGAGAAUGGGAUGUUCUUCAUGGAAACAUCUGCAAAAACUGCAGAAAAUAUUAACGAGCUUUUCUACGAAAUAGCAAAGAGAUUGGCAAGAGCUUACCCUUCAAAGCCUACAGGGGUGAAUCUGAACAAUGAAACAGAAAGUAGGACAAGAAAACUAUUUUGUUGCUCUGGGUGA